AUGACCGUUCCGAGUGUGGCUGCACAUGACGGGUCUGUCCCACCCCCCUCCAAGCUGAUCAAGACCGGGCAUGCGCCUGCCCUUCUCGUCAAGAAACUAUCCGAGUACGCUGUGCUUCCGAAGCGAGGCUCAGUGGGAGCUGCAGGCUACGACCUGGCCAGUGCUGAGGAUGUUGUGAUCCCGGCUCGGGGCAAGGGCGUCGCCAAGACUGACCUCAGCAUCGCCUGUCCUCCUGGGACGUAUGCGCGCGUGGCCCCGCGCUCCGGCCUCGCAGUGAAGAACUUCAUAGACACCGGCGCUGGCGUGGUGGACGAGGACUACAGAGGCAAUGUGGGGGUGGUCCUUUUCAACCACAGCGACGUCGACUUCCAUGUGAAGCGUGGCGACCGUGUGGCACAGCUCAUCCUGGAGGUCAUCCAGACCCCGGAGGUGGAGGAGGUGGCAGAGCUCCCCACCACAGUGCGCGGCGCUGGGGGCUACGGAUCGACGGGGGUCAGCGUGGCGCUCUAG